CCCUUCUCUCCUCAGUCUCCUCCGGGGUUGCUUGCUAAGUUCUCGUCGACACACCACUUCACUUCACAUUAUUCUGAGACUGGAUACGACGAGCAGUGAAGAAGACAUGGCUUCACUUCACAAAACAUUUCUACUGUUGUUUCUUCAUGUUUGCCUCCUCCACAUGAGCGUGUGGGCCAAAGUGGAGGUGACUAUGCAUGAGAGUAUGGAGGUUUACCUGGAUGACAUGGCACAGAUCCCCUGCCAGUACAGCUUCACUGACAACAAUGAGCCCAGCUUCGUCAUGAUCCAGUGGUUUGUGAGAGUUAAAGAAAGCAGCUCACGUGUUCGGAUCUUCUACCUUGGUGGCAAUGAACGGAUGGCUGACGACGAUACAGAAUACACCGGUCGCAUCAACAUGACUAAAGACGAGCACGGGACUCAACUCACCAUCCGGAAUAUUCAGCUCUCUGAUGAGAGGGAAUUCUUCUGUCAGGUUAACGGUAUGGCAGCCGGGAACGCUGAGGGAAAGACCUACCUCAGAGUGUUUGCUCCUCCUGAGGCUCCAGUGAUCGAGGGUGUACCGGCUGGAAUAUCUGUGACCAAGGAAGUGCCAUCAAAGAUUGCAUCAUGUGAAGCGCGGAACAGCUUUCCUAAACCUAACAUCACCUGGUACAGGAACAACGUGCCACUGAUACCUGAACAAGGAUAUGUAAAGGUGUGGACCCUCGUUUCGCAGUCCAAUGGUUUCUUCUCACUCCAGAGCACACUGGAGUACAGAGUGGUCAAAGAGGACAAAGAUGCUCAUUUCUCCUGCGAGGUCAGCUUCUUUGUCCCUGGAGCCAUCAGGACAGUGGAGUCCAACAGCAUCAACAUCACUGUUCACUACCCCACCACCAUGGUGGAGCUGUGGAAGGACUCGCCCCAGGGCCUGGUCAAAGAGGGGGAUACUGUGGAGCUGCGUUGCCAGGGUGAUGGCAACCCCCCGCCGUCGUUCAUUUUCAACAGAGAACAAGAGCUGGAUGUAGACUUGGAGAGCAGCGGUGAUGUGUUGAUCCUGUCACCGGUGUCACGGAAAGACAGCGGGAUCUACCAGUGUCGCCCUCUGGAUUCGGAUAUUUACUCUGACAUCAAAGGAGAGAUGCAGCUCACUGUGCACUAUUUGGACCCAGCUGUGGUGGUACCAAAAGAGUCAGAAGUGAUGCUCAAAGGAGAAGAUCUGACUGCAACGUGCAAUGCUCUAUCCUCCCUGAAAACACACACGGUUUGGUACAAGGAUGGAGAACAGUUGGGUAAAGGGAACACACUUCACUUGAGAGAUGCCACCUAUGAAACAUCUGGAGAGUACGUCUGUGAGGUGACCGUUCCCUCCCUGCCUGCCCUGCACACCAGCGGCUCAGUUCACAUCAUCGUCCAAGGUGGUCCUCAGAUGGUGGGAUUGGAGCAGGAGGUGCAGCUGGAGGAGGCAGCGGGCCGAAUGGUGAAUCUGAGCUGUGAGGCUCAGGGUCACCCACUGCCCAGCAUUUCCUGGAACAUCGUUGGCAGCCAGAACUGGCAGGAAGUGGUGAUCAAGGCAAACGAGCACAUGACACACAGCGUGGUGUCGGUCAAGGUCACCUCGGACAUCAGCGCUCUGUGCAACGCUUCCAACGACAUGGGCACCGAGGUCAAAGCUUUCAGCAUCAAAGCCAUUCCCCAACUCACCUCCACCGCCCCCUUCUCUCCCGCUGAAGGCAGCGGAGUGAUCAUCGUGGUGAUCAUUCUGUGUCUGCUGCUGCUCGCCAUCCUUGGCAGCGUUCUCUACUUCUUGCACAAGAAGGGAAAGAUACCCUGUGGACGCUCGGGGAAACAGGAGAUCACCAAAGAGAAGACCACCAAAGAUGACAUUGUUGUAGAGAUGAAGAGCAACACAAAGACUGAGGAUGCUGUCCUGUUAAAGGCUGUCAAUGGAGACAAAAAGGGCCCCAAUGAGCAGUAAAUCAGAGAUGUUGUGCAGCAGGAGGCAGCACACGUGAAGACAGCGGUCAGUGUGCAUCGGAGCCCAAGAGACAACAAACAAAGGCUCUCACUGAUCUGAGACCUGCAGGGUGACACCACCUCACAGCCUGGACAUUCUCCCAACAUGCUUUGUUCUCAGCAGUAUUCACUAGAUUGACACAUACAUACACAAACAAACACACUCACAGGUUUCUAUGUACAAAUGUGUAUUUUCUUUAGAGUGAAUGUUCUCCUUAAACACUCAUUUUCUUCAUUUGUUUUGUAUUAUUUCAGCUCUUUCUCAGCUGUCGUUCAGUGUGCGUUUGAUGAUGUCCCGUAUGCAUCAUCUGCUUUUGUUUGUUUUUCUAUGAAAGUGUAUAUAUUAUAUAUAUUUUGUUAUUUAAGAUAUUUUGGCACUCAGAUUCUGUCAAUUGGUAGCGUCUGGGUCAUGUGCAUGUUGAUCCGUGUUCAUGGGUCCAGGUGAGUUUCAGGACAGGAAAUAAUGUCAGAGACCAAACACCAGCUGCUCCUCUGCUGCAGUGCUCUACUGACACACCAAGGGAGGACCUGGGUCGUGUGGUUUAUGGCUAACAGGUUUUUUGUUUGAAAUUAAAUAGACAAAAUCAAGAAACAAGCUGUUUCCCAGGUACACUUUGAAAAUAGUGGUGCAAAACAUAGUGGAAAAAAUGUGCCCUCAGGUCUUUCAGAAAGUUUGAUUUUGAUUUGAGAAUCAAAAAUGAUUUCAUUUUUUCCAGUUUGUGUUAUCUGAUGCAGGUAUCAUGAAUAAAUAAAUGUUAGAGCCCCACUGAUCUGUUUUUUAGUAUUCUUUUUUUUAAAUCUAUGAUAUGAUGAAAACCAGAUUUCCUCUUUAUUCAUUUCUUUUUGGAUUACAAAAAUUAAGAGAAAACAAAAAUAGUUUUUUUAUUCUUUAUUUAAAGAGUAACUGAACCUUAGAAUGUCAAAUUAGGUGCCCAGACCCCUGUCACUACUGUCCCUUAUCAGCCACAACAUCAUUUGGUCUGUUCUGCUAAUAUGGUUUAAUUAAUAGCCAUGUUAUAACCUUAUAAGAUUUUGUCAUAUAGAAGACACAAAUUCAAACAUUAUCCCCUUAAUUUUGGGAAAAACAUGGUUUAUUUGUGGUCUAAGUCAACUGCACUACUUUACCCACAAUCCUAGAAUGUCACAGAGACAGCUCUGUUUGGUUGAUCCAGCUUUUACCCACAAAACAUCCAUGUUCUGCUGCUCCUAGGGAAUUUAAUUAACAAUUUUAACAAAGACUGUUUAAACAAUUAGAUAUGGUUUUGUAAAAGAUACAAGCUAGUCUGUUAUUAAACUACAUUACCCAAAAUCCAAUAGUAAUACAGUGUCAUCUCUGAUUGGUAGAGACUGCAGAUUUUGUCUGACAGCUGCUACUAGUGGAGUUAGUAGUUGGAUCAGAGGGUUUCAGAUCCGUGUUGUGCUAGAAUAUCAAGAUUUGGAUCCUUACCGAUCAGCAACAAGACUUAAUACCCACAUAAGUAGGUCUUAAUCUAAAAAUAAAGAUGUCUGAGGGUUUAGUUACUCUUUGAUAUCUGUAGAAGGGCCAAGAGCAUGUUUUUCCUUAUUUUGCUUUCACAUUUUACAUAACUGGGUUACAGCUUUUUCCUUCUUUUUGGAUUUCAAAUCAAAAAUCUGUCUACUGUAAAAGCACUGACCUUCCGUCUGUGUGCUUCAGUUUAAUCAUGAUUGACGUUCAAAUUUGCCAAAAAUAAUGACAGAAACAGUCUUUGGUGAUCAGGAGAUCUGAAACACAGGAUAAUCAACAGAAAUCACAGUGAUAUCGAUCAAUCAGACGCACUGUCUGCCUUCUUCUGCAAACUGCUGUCAAUCCCUUGUACUGUUUGUAAAUACAUGUAGUAUACAGACCUGCUAGAGGUGGCCUUGGACUUCACCGAGGGUGAAAAGGUCAGAAGUUAGUCAUCUGCUGUGCCUGUCUCUGAGGAUGCAUCAUACACUGAAUUUGUUUUUUCUGUUUCUUUGGUUUGCUCUGUGUUUUUUCUUUGUGUUUCCACUGAAAGCUAGUCAGGCCUAAAGGAGCGCUGCAGCAUCUCUGCAUGGUUUUUCUGUUGACUAUGGUUAUCAUUUACAGAACAGCUGAUGAUUCUACAGCGUGAGCACUUUUAAACCUUCUGAGCUGCUGCAGGUUUUUACUUUGGAUCCUAACAUUUGAAAAAAACAAUCCUCAGCAUUACUUGAAUCUUCCUUUAUUUAAGAAAAGUACCCAUGUAGAUCCCUUUAGUCCACCCAGGAACAUUUAGUUCUCUCUUCAACGAUGCAAUCUUACUCCACUUUGGUUAUUCCACGUCUGCUCUGCAUUACUAUGAAACUAUCACAAGUCUCUAACCUUAAUAACAGCAGAAACGCAGGAGGAGCGGAUAUUGAAGCCUAGAAAGUGUCCAGUUUCAAGGAAAUGAAUGCAAAGCAAUAUCUGUGCAAGAUAACUUUCCAAAGUUUGUCCUCUUUUAUCUCUACAUUCAACUUACAGAGAAGCAUCAGGACGUGUUUCUAAAAGGCAAAAUCUUUGACAAUCUCAUCACCGUUUUUGUUUUUGUUGUUUAGUAGUCAUUUCUAGAAUCCUAAAAGACCUGAAAAUAUUUCAUCUACGGCAUUUGAAAAUAUUUAGUAUACUAAACUUGUCCUAAAACAUAAUAAAAGACACCAAUGAGAAAGUAAGCAAAAUAUAAAUACAAACAAUAAAGUUCAAAUGAGCUGAAGUCCACUUCAAUUCUGUGUUAAAUCAAGCGUUCCUGGGCAUUUCAACUAAUACUGUGAAAAGUUAUGGAUCUUCUUCUUUUUUUAAAUUAUCAGUAGCCUAAUAAUAAUUGUCUGAGUAAGAGGUACCCAUCCCUGCUCUACAAGGAGAAAAAAAUAUGAAAAAGCAAUAAAACCUAUCAAGAAAUAUCUCACAACAAGAAAACCAAAAGAAACAUCCACAUAACUUAAGCUGGCCACACAUGACAUGAUUUUCAGCCUGACUUUAGACCAGAUUAGCCCCCUCUGACAAUUUAGGGGCACGUCCUUAGUCAAGGCUUGUCACAAGCAAUUAUUUGUCUAAAAAAUCCCAAAGCAUGUGAUGUCAAAACGAUUAUUUUUCUGUUCCCUGUCACACCAGAGCCUCCUGACAUUGAAUUGCAAAUAUCAAGUAUGUUUGAUAAUUACAAAUCAAUGUCAGUCAGUCUCAUGUACAACUAUUGAGAGCAAGCAGAUCAGGCAGCAUCACCACCUGGCUGCUACGGCUGAAAGGAUAAAAGUAUACCUUCAUCUUAUUUAGUUUUACCCUCAUUCUUUUCCUCUUGUUUUAACUUUUGUUGCAACCUAAUAAGCACAACGAUAGCCAGAUGAGGAUUUCAGUUGUCCUCUUUGUUUGUUUGUUUGUUGUUUUGUUUACGUCACGUUUGAUCGCAAGUUAAUGUGAGAUCUCAUGUAUGAGAAAUCUCCGUUGUCUGAUGGUCUGGCCCAGAGGUUUAAUGUGCACUCAGAGGAUUAUAAGACAAAGCCAUCCAGUGGCCUGUGUCACGUGUUUCCAUCUUUAUUUUCUAUACAUACACAAACUGUCACAUGUUGUAGGGUUUGUUUUUUUUUUGCAUUUCUGAAAAGUAUCAUCUUUUAAAAUUGUUUCCAUAUUUUAUUUUGAAUGUUUUAUAUCUUAUUUUGAUUUAUCUAGACAGUUAAAAAUAGCCAAAUCUUUUGGAUAUGAGGACAUUUGGAUCCUUAAACAUUCUGAGACCCCUUCUUUUGUUUGGAAUGUAUUUUUAAUUUCUGCAACAACAACAAUUAGUUUCAACAAAAAAAAAGAUGUCUAAGUACUGUACAACACAAACAGAAUCACACUCUCUUUACCUGUAGGUCUUAAUUUUACAAAAAAAAUGGCCAAGAUUGUCAAGAUAUUACCAAAAAUUUGUUAAAAUUCUUAAAAGAGAAUUUAAAAGAAAAUCCAUAAAAAACUCAAACAUUAUAUCCCUAAGACAUUUCGCUGCAACUUUCAGGAACAAAGCCUAAAAAUUUGAAUUUAAAAAAAUGCCCAAAAAUUCAUAAUAUUCUGAAAAUUUUCAAGUGAAUCCCUUAAAAUAUA